CGAACUAUUUCGUACAAGGGUACGUUACUCCGCUCACUUGUAGCUUGCGGCGGAAGGAUACACAUAGCAACUAGCGCCAAAACCGGAGAGGUCAACUUUAGUUGCUGUUUUGACGUUGACGAGUUAAUCCGUCAUUUUUACUCCGUCCCAGUGUUCGUUAACCACAUGUAGCGAGAGGCUGAUAUUUUUCCUUCUAGACACACAUAUCACUUAAAAUUAACCGUGACAAAUCACCAUUUGCACAACGUGUUAAUUCCCCAUCGUGUUACAGUUUGCAGGGGUAAAGAAAACGCACCCGUAACCCUUUUUGGCGAGUAAGGGCGUCUGAUUAUUAAAAAUCGCCUGAAAUUGGCUAAAAAGUAUUUUUUACUUUUAAAGAAUCAUCAAUAUGUAUCAUGUUUGAAAGACUCUGCAAAGAUAUUCUACAAACGUAUAAUCCUGCUUCUAUACAACAUUGCUGAGUUACAGUAAUAUAUUUCCUCAGAGAGAAAGAAAAAAACAUUGCUUUAUUUCGCUGAAUGAAAUGCGCAAGAGGUAAUUUAAAUCUCUUCAAUUUGGUUCACAGAUAUUUUUGAUUAUAUAUUUUAAACUGAACUGUUUGAAACUUCAUAUACUGGUGUAAUUUCUCACGCUGAACACUGUCAACAUUUUUCACAAGCUUUCGUAUUUUAGAAUUUAUUUCAUGUUGUCGCAUUUGGAUUAUUCUAACCAAAUCGACAAAUACCUGAAGAUACCUUCUACUGUUUGUGAAAGUAACCAAAGAGCAACAGAACCACGUGUACUUUAGAAUUUAUUCCAUGUUGUCGCAUGAAGAAUCCUACUGUUUGCGAUAGUAAUCUGAGAGCAACACGACCACGUGCACAUUAAUUAUUCUGGUGUGUUCUUUAAUUUGACUGUAUAUUUUUUUUAACUUAUAUGUGGAUAUUUUUACUCACUACCUGUAAUUAUUUCCAACACUGUUCUAUUUAACUUUUUUGUUUCCUACCUGUUUCAUAUUACACGUUUUUUUUUUGUAUUUUUUCUUGUUUUUUGAACGCCCCCUUUUGUACAUUUCCCCAUGUUAAUUUUGUGAUUAUUUUCCCCCCAAUCUGUUAAUAUUUUAUUUCUGUUUGCUGUCUGUUGCAUAGUAGGGUUUUUUUUUUUUUUUUUUUUUGCUUUUCGAUCGUCUCUUUGCACUUUUGCAUUUCCCCCCUACUGUUGUAUUGAGGAAGUAUGGCUGUGGCUGCAACUAAACCGCAUGGCCUCAUGGAUUUGUUCAACACGAUUAGGACCGAAGCGGAUGCGGUAGCUUUCUUUGCAGAGAAGGGUAUAAUACCUCCAAAGAAAAGAUGUAAAAAGAGACAUUUCAUGAAACGCAAAGUGAAAGAUCGGAGCGUUCGCUGGCGCUGCACACGGAAAGGCUGUGACCAGUCUCUAUCUGUUAGGAAAGGUACAUGGCUGGAAGGCACCUCGCUUCCUCUGCGAACUAUCCUCCUUUUCUUGUAUUCUUGGGUGAAGAAGCUGACCACGAUACGUUAUUGUUAUGAAGAGCUGGGUGUGAGUCACACUGCAGCUGUUGACUACACCAGCUGUUUAAGAGAAGUCUGUGCAGAGGACUUACUCUUCAACCCAGUUCAGAUAGGUGGUCCUGGGAAGGUUGUCGAGAUAGACGAGACAGUCUUCUCGAGGAGGAAAUGUAGACUUGGAGGUCGGCCGCCCCACCAGUGGGUCUAUAAAGGAGUGUGUCGCAAGGCCAAGCAGGUUUUUCUCUAUACAAUAACAUGUCGGGAUCGCGACACACUCGAAGAAUGCAUCCGCCAAUCGGUUCUCCCCGGAACCACGGUCAUUAGUGAUCUGUGGAGAUCUUACUCUCAUAUUCCGGAGAUCGAGGGUUAUCAAUUUCGCCAUAAAGCAGAGAAGCACGGUGCUCGGUCUAAGUCAAAGUCAAAGUCGCCACGGAUGGAAGGCCCUUGGGCCUGUGUUAAGCAGAGUUCUAUGAUUGACUCCGGUCUCUGUGAAAUUAUGUGGCGCAAAAGGUACGAAGGUUGCGAUCUUUUUGAAAAACUGUUAGCGGGGAUUGCAAGAUUUUAAAAUCUUGAUUGUAUAUAUUCGUGGGGGGCGAUUUUUCUUUUUUUCCCCAUAUUUAUAUAUAUAUAUAUAUAUAUAUAUAUAUAUAUAUAUAUAUAUAUAUAUAUAUAUAUUACAAAGUAUUUCGGUACUACUAGCGAACAGUGGUCCCGGUACGCUCAGUCCUGCAUCCUCGCUAGCUGGUCAUAAGUAAUCGAUCCUACAACUUGCGCAUAUGCUAAUGAAUAGAUUGGUGCAUGCGCGAUACAUAUUUGGAAACGAAGUAAAUAAAAUUUUUUUUUAUAAACAAAGAUUU